AGCUUAAAUGUGCCAGGUUGUCAGAGACCCAAACGUGCCUUCUGUUUUUUUCCAGGAACAACACUGAACCUGUUGAAAUUUCCAAUUAUUAAUCCUACAUGUGACAGGAUAUUUCGAAGGCAGGAGAGGCUGAAAGAAGAGGCAACAAAAACAGAAGAUCAGCUAAGCAAUGAAGAAAAAAAGUACCUUAAUCACCUUAAAAAGCAAGGUUACUUAGUGGGCAGAGUUGGAAGAACAUUUCAACGGCAGAAGCCUAGCUCUGUAAUUGACUUUGACCCUGACAUGCUCUCGUACAGCAUAGAUGAAGAUCCCAGACAUUCCCCUAGGAAGCGUGAGGAAAAGGAAGAGUUCACACACAACGAAGUGAAGGAUGCUCGCUGGUGUUUUGACACUCCAGGGAUUGUAAAGGAAAACUGUGUUUUAAAUCUCCUGACAGAGAAAGAAGUAAAGCUGGUUUUGCCGAUGCAAGCCAUUGUUCCACGGACCUUCAUUCUCAAGCCAGGAAUGGUCUUGUUUUUAGCAGCCUUGGGACGUGUAGACUACUUACAGGGAGAAAAGCCUGCCUGGUUUUCUGUCGUGGCUUCUAACCUGUUGCCAGUCCACAUUUCUACCCUGAGUAAUGCAGAUGCCAUCUACGAGAAGCAUGCUGGCCAAGAGUUACUAAAGGUUCCCAUGGGUGGGGAAGAGCGAAUGAAAGAGUUCCCCCCGCUUGUCCCUCAGGACAUUACACUGAAAGGAAUCAGUACCACUGAGGCAGUCGCAGAUAUCAAGCUUUCCUCUGCAGGCUGGGUGGCAGUGACGGCUCAUGCAGAAGAGAAACUGCUGCUCCGAGCUUAUACUCCCAAGGGCACCGCAUUGGUGGUGCGAGAGCCUCCCCUUUUGCCGUACAUCAGUACCAUCAGAGGGGCCCGGAUCCAAGGCAGUGCUGCUUAUAGGACCAAAAAGCCCCCUUCCCUGGUGGAAAACCUGAAAACCACGGGGAGGAAAUAGCACUUCUCAUCAUCUGAGAAAGGUAGAAGACAGA